AUGGGAACCGGGAUGGGAACCGGGAGCGGGAUGGGAACCGGGAUGGGAACCGGGAUGGGAACCGGGAUGGGAAGCGGCACGGGGCCGGGGCCGCCCUCCGUGCCCGCCGCGCCAUCGCCCCGCGCCGCCCGCCCCUCACACGCUGCCGCGUCACCGCCGUGCGCCGCCCGCCGUGCCGGAAGUGCGGAGCGAGCGGCGCAGCCGGUCCCGCCGCCCCGCCGGGCCAUGGCCGCUCCGUGCCCGCUGCAGUUCGCCCCGUUCAGCAGCGCGCUGGCCGCCGGCUUCUGGCACGAGCUGACCCAGCGCAAACUCACCCAGUACCGCCUGGACGAGACGCCCAAGCUCAUCAAGGGCUACUACUACAACGGUGAUCCUUCGGGUUUGCCAGCUCGAUUAACGCUGGAGUUCAGUGCCUUUGAUAUGAAUGCUUCAAUACCAGCACGUUGCUGUCCUGCUUUUGGAACGUUGUAUAACACCAACACUUUUGAGACUUUCAAAUCCUGUGAUAAAAAAGCACUUCUGGACAAGGAAGCAAAAGAGAUCUGGGAAUCAAUCAAAUCUGGAGCUGCUCUGGAGAACCCAAUGCUGUUGAACAGGUUCCUGCUGCUGACAUUUGCAGAUUUAAAAAAGUAUCAUUUCUAUUACUGGUUUUGCUACCCUGCUCUCUGCUUCCCUGAUGGAAUUCAGAUUACUCAGAAACCUGUCUGUCUUGGGGACAAGUUCUCACUAAAUCAGAUUCAAGCCCUGCAGAAAGCCUAUGAUGACCUCUGCCAGGAGGAGGGGGUGACAGCCCUGCCUUAUUUUUUAAUUAAGUAUCAUGAUAAUUCUGUCAUGAUAUCCCUGCUGAAAAAGUGGGAUGGCUUCUUUCAUGACCAAGGAGGAAAGGUGACAGUUGGAGUUUAUGAUCCUUGUAAUUUAUCCCAGUAUCCAGGAUGGCCACUGAGAAACUUCCUGAUCCUGGCAGCCCACAGAUGGGGCAGUGCUCUGCAGGGGGUUGAAGUGCUCUGCUUCAGAGACAGGACCCUGCAAGGGGUGAGAGACAUCACACACAGCAUCAUCUUUGAAAUCAAACUGCCAGAGGCACCCCUGGGCCCAGAUUGUCCAAAAGCUGUUGGAUGGGAGAAAAACCAAAAGGGAGGCAUGGGACCAAGGAUGGUGAAUCUCAGUGAAUGCAUGGAUCCAAAAAGGUUGGCAGAAUCAUCCGUGGAUCUGAAUUUGAAGUUGAUGUGCUGGAGGUUGGUGCCUACUCUGGAUUUGGAGAAGAUUGUGGCUGCCAAGUGUCUGCUGCUGGGAGCUGGCACCCUGGGCUGUAGUGUUGCAAGGACCUUGAUGGGCUGGGGGGUGAGGAAAAUCACUUUUGUGGACAAUGCCAAGAUCUCCUAUUCCAACCCUGUGCGGCAGCCGCUCUACGAGUUCGAGGAUUGCCUGAGUGGGGGCAAGCCCAAGGCUCUGGCAGCAGCAGACAGGCUGCAGAAAAUCUUCCCAGGAGUGAGCUCAGAGGGCUAUAACAUGAGCAUCCCCAUGCCAGGCCACCCGGUGGAUUUCUCGGAGGUGACGCUGGCGCAGGCCCGGCGGGACGUGGCGCAGCUGGAGGAGCUGAUCGAGGCGCACGACGUCGUGUUCCUGCUGAUGGACACCCGCGAGAGCCGCUGGCUGCCCGCCGUCAUUGCAGCCAGCAAGAGGAAGUUGGUCAUCAAUGCUGCCUUGGGAUUUGACACUUUUGUUGUUAUGAGACAUGGCCUAAAGAAACCAAAACAGCAAGAAUCUGGUGAUUCACAUUUCAGCAACGCCUCUGCUUCUUCUGAUCUGCUGGGAUCCUCUCUUUUCUCAAAUAUCCCUGGCUACAAACUGGGCUGCUACUUCUGCAAUGAUGUCGUGGCACCAGGGGAUUCCACCAGGGACCGGACGCUGGACCAGCAGUGCACGGUCAGUCGGCCUGGGCUGGCCAUGGUGGCUGGAGCCCUGGCAGUGGAGCUGAUGGUGUCUGUCCUGCAGCAUCCAGAAGGUGGUUAUGCUGUGGCCAGCAGCAGUGAUGACAGAAUGAAUGAACCACCCACUUCUCUUGGGCUUGUUCCUCACCAGAUCCGAGGAUUUUUAUCCAGAUUUGAUAAUGUUCUUCCAGUCAGCCUGGCAUUUGAUAAGUGCACAGCCUGUUCAGCCAAGGUCCUUGAGCAGUAUGAACGAGAAGGGUUUAAUUUCCUAGCUAAGGUUUUUAAUUCUUCACAUUCCUUCUUGGAAGAUUUGACAGGUCUGACUUUAUUACACCAGGAGACACAGGCUGCUGAGCUGUAUCCCAGGGAUGCUUCUGAGGCAGUGGUUUUGCAGUCCCUGCAGCCUGUGCAAGUGCUGGGGCUGUUUUUUCAGCUGGAAAAGGCUCCACAGUGUUUCUUAAUAAAGUUUUGGGUGGAUAACGAUGAUUUUGCUCUCUGUCUCAUGUUUAACCUUUGAAAAAUAAUUGUAGCAGAUGCUAGAAACAUGAACUGUGAAAUGCCUAACGCAUUCUGAAGUCAGCAUGGUCAUACCUAGAAAAAAUUUAAAUAUAUAUAUAUAUGAGAGGGAUCCCAGAAGGGAAAACAAACACCCUUUAACACGUGCUACUCAUUAACAGCAGCAAUAAUUAAAGUCUGAUUGCCAGGCCUGACUUGCAGUGUCUAGGUUGCUAACGUAAAAUGUAAAAACAAUUAAAAUUAGUAAUGUAUUAUUUAGCAGGUAUUAAUCCAUAAAUCCCUUUUGCAGCUUCAGAAUAGGUGUUUAUUAGUGAGGUUUUAGAUAUUCUCUACAAAAUACAGAGUCUGGUGGAGUUUACUUACUGAAGUUCAAAGUUUUGCUUAAAACCCAGAAUUUGUGUCCUUUCAAAAAUCCUGGGGUACUUCCGUGUGGUUUAUGCAGUGAAAUCACUGCUCAGAGGUGGAAAAUCUGACAUACAAAGUAUUUGCAGAGCUCAUGCUUUAAAAUUAGGUUAAUUGCCAUAAAACCAGGGAGCUGGCUUGAUUCUUCCCUGUCCGAUUGCUGCAUUUUUGGGAAAAUCCAUCUCUUUCAGCAGUUAACCAGUUGAGAAGUCUUGGUGAAUCUGUGUUUCUGAAUGGCAAGGGCUGACAGGCAGAUUAUUUGUGGAGAUUCUGGAGCACCCCUGCUUGCUUUGGAUUAAAAACCAGAUCUUUGUUACAUUUUGCCACUGAAAAACAUUACAUUUUGGCUCUGAAAGACAGAGGUUGUUCUGUGCCCCUCCACAAAUCUCUCAGUUCAUCAUCUGGGGCAAUUCUUACAUUUUUUAGGUGCACAAGAGAGUGCUUUUAAUAUAUUUUCUGCAGAAUGAUUCUCCUUUAAUAUCUUUUCUGCAAAAUUACUCUCCUGUCUUGAGCCCCUUUUCUCUUGUAUUUCGAGCUCCUUUUUCCCACACUUCAGCUGGGCACUGGGAGCUCUGCAGAAUAAUUUUUUUGGGUUUCUGGCUGCUUUGGAGCUGCUCUUGGCAGAAUGUGUUCCCUAAAAUGGAGCCAUUGGAUUUGCUGAGGUUGGUGCUCCUUUGAUUUGAGAUAUUCUCAAUACACUCUAAAGGCUGCAGCAAAAGCACUGAGAGAUUUCACCAGGUGUGGAUGGUCUGGUUUGAGAUGGGAAUGUUUCAUUUUUCUGGUGAAAAAUUAUCUGCUUUUCACCACUCAAACUCUUCAGAGAGAUUUUGUGGAUUAUUGAUGCAUUUGGAGACCAUAUAAUGGCUUCUGGUAACUGCAGAUUUUCCUUUCCUCCUGUCUAGUAAAAUCUAUCCAGUGCUAGUCCAGACCUAUAAAGAAAAUAGACUUGUAAAGUUAGAUGUCAUCCAACCUUCUAUUUACCCAGUAACAUCAUAAUUGGGUUGUAAUUCCAUAUAUAAAUCCCCGCUAUUUCACUAAUAAACCUGCAUCUGAUAGGGGAACUACUCAGUCUUGUGCUUAUUUUUAAAAGGUUCUCUGUUAAAAUGUGCAUUCAUUCAGAGCAUUUCACUGAACAUUUUGCCAAGAGUGUUUUGUUGUGGUCAGAAAAAGUGUUGUGCUGCUCUUACAUUUCAAAUUUUUUUUAUAUUUUUUAUUUUUAUUUCACCUAAAUGCUUUGUUGCUUUCAUGAUGUGUGUGUAAAAGUGCUUUAAUGAGAAAAUCUUUCUAAGUUUUGAGUUUGCUUAUAAAAGAAUCUGGAUAAGCAAUGUUCUGUAGGGAGUGACUGUUAAAUACAACAUUUUUGGAUAAUCUGAAUUUCCAUGAAAGCUCCCCCACAUUAUUAGCACCAAGUGUGUUUGCCCACAUUUAAGGAACACAAUUUGCAGUGAGAUAUGGGAGACCUUUCACUUAGUGAAAAUCUUUCUUUACUUGCACUGUUUAAUUCCUAUUCCAGGGCUGUGCUGUUGACCAUAAUAUGUUUACAUUUUAUACAUAUAAAUACAUUUUACAUAUAAAUACAAUAAUGCAUUUAAAUAUGUUUAAAGUUUGAAUACAUUUAAAACUGAAUUAACUUAAACAUUUAAUACAUUUUAGCAAAAUAUGUUUAAACUUUUAAUACAUUUGAAUAGGUUUAAAGUUGACACAAAUUGCAGGAUUUUUAGUCAACAGAACACCUAUUUCUUAAAUCAUAAAUAUUCUCCACAACUUCCUUCGUGUGACAAUUAAUAAAUAACAACACCAGCGAGCUUUCCUGUCCUGUCUUGAACUGACAGUGCACUUCAGGCAUCUGCUCCUUCCACAUCUGGCUUUAAUUUAGGUUCUGUGGAACAUUUUGGGGUUUUUUUCCCCCAGUUUGAUAUUUUUGUGCAGCAUGGGCAGCAGGCUGUGAGGAGCUCCCAUGCAGCACUCUGGAUGCAGUUCAUUCUGGGGAGCUGCCCCAGCUGAUGGAAACUCAGAAUUUCUGAUUUCCACACCCCUCGGGCUCCUCUCUGCAAAGCUCAGGUGUUAAACUUGACCCUUGCUCGCCCUGCAGUCAAGUUUAAUGGCUGGGCUUAAACUAGAGGCAGCCUGAGCAUCCUUGGGUUGUUAAUCAGGGCUGGAGGUGUGGAGUUGGAGGCAGAAAAGUGAAUAAUUUCCAGGGCACAGCUUGGCUGGGCUGCCCAGGACUGUUCCAUAGCAAUGCAUCCCUAAGCCCAGCUGCUUUGUUCCACAUUAACCCUGCAAAGGGUUCCUCUGUACAGAUGUAAAGAUGCUUUUCCUCUAAAAUUUCUAAUUCAAGCUGAAGUUUUCUCCUCCUGCAUAACAGCUUUGCUGAUAUGCUCAACUCGCUUCUCUCUGUAAUUCUCCUUUCUCUCUGGAAUAAGACACAAGUGUAAGUAUACUUUUCUUACUUUGCAUUUCAAUUCCUGAAUUACUUGGAUGCUUUACUGCACUUCCUGCUUUCAUCAGGAUGAAAGAAGAUUACAAAAUACACACCAGAAAUGCAAUUUUCACUUGGUUCUCUGAUUCAAAAACAAGAAGGGAUAGAAGUUGCAAUCCGAGAGAUUGCAACAUAAAGAGCUUUGGAACAAAAAAUCAAAUCUGUAGCAGAGUUCCUAUAUUUGAAUGUGAAUUUAAAGCUCAGGUAUGGUGCCAGCAGGUCAUUAUGUCUGUGUUAUUUUACUUUAGUAAUGUUGUAUUUCAAGUUUCUGUCUCUCACAAAAAGUGAGGUAUCUGUAGUUUCUGUGGCAAGUUCUUGUAGCCAGUGAAUGAGACCUGUUUGUCAUUUCCAAAAUACCUUUUCUGUGCUGGUUUACUGUAUCCCAAACAAUCCUAAUUAAUGGUAAAAAAAAAAAAUUUCAUGCUAGUAAAAUGCUCAGAGAAAAUACAGACAGCCCAAUUUUAUGAUUUCUGCACUUAUUUGAGGUUUGUGACCAUUUUUUGACCAUUUUUCAGUCAUUUCUCGAGGAACAAUGCUUAGCUGUAGAAUAAGCAGCUGGUAUUAAAAAGGAACUUUGCGCUUGUCCUAAUUUGGAAGAAAAUUCAGAAUUUCCAGUGUGCUUUUCUAUUAAAAAUAUCCUGCUUGUUUCUGAUUCUGCAUUAUAUUAUGCAGUGUAUUUGAUGAUGAAACAAUAACAUAUGAAGAGCCAAAAAAAUAAAAAGCCCAAACAGAAAAAUCCAGCUACAACAAUAUUGUAACAGUAAAUUCUGUAACUUGGCAAUUCUUCUCUGUUAGCCAAGUAUUAUUCGGAAUUUAAUUUUAUUUGAUGUUAUGAAAACUUCCUAAAGAAAUCAUUACUGAUGGGUAGCCCAAAAUUAAUAUUUGAGACUUUUCUGUGACUGUGAGCUUUUUUGUUUUCCUUCAUGUGUUUAAUCUGGUGCAUUUCUGGAGAAAUUAACUUUGACAGAUUCAGGCCUGCCCUGGAAUUUCUUUCUUAAGAGAUUAAGAGAUUAAUUUGUUUUCUUUCAGAGGUGGGUUAUUCUUUUCUUCUUGAGUUUUCUCGUGAUGUCAAUUAGUGUCAUCAUUUUUCUUCAUUUAUCAAGUAAUGUCUCCUGGCUCUUUGAACAAUGGUAAUUUUUUUUUUUUCUGCUGAUGCCUUUUGCUGCUUUUGGAAGGGUUUGGAAAUACCUGUAAAGUGGUGCCUCUGUUUGCUACCAAAACAUGAGCUCCUUGCCUUUCCCUUGAUGCCUUCAAUGAUAAUUUCAAUUAUUAUCAUUAAUUAUAUUCAAAUUACCUUCCUGGGACUCACGUCAGAAAGUGAUGUGCACAAAUACUCCUGUUUCAUGAGAUAUCUAAAUAAAUGUGUGUUUGUCCCUUCAGGGCAGGGAGGGGCUUGUGCACACAUUUAUUUUUGUUUGAGGGAAGGACAGUUGGUAGGUAUCCAGUUAUCAUUUUUGUUUGAAAUAUCAAAUAUAUGGGAAAAAAAACCCACUGAAAGAAAUGGAAUAAUGGCAUUUGUGUUAGCAACAGGUUUUGUUGCUGUAUAUUCUUUUUUUCAUAGGGUUAUUUUUUGAUGUCUCUUCAUGAGGUCAGGCACAACUAAUUUACAAUUAAGGGUUAUUUUUUCUUUUUUUUAACUAAAUUGCUGUCUUAAUGUCAAAACAUUGAUAGAGUUAAAAUCUCUAUGUAAAAUUUUACGGUCAGUCUCCUGUAAGUAUAAAAUGGAAAGUGCUAAUAGGAAUAAAUCUAUUAUCUCAUCACUUUUUAUGUGAGGGGAAGAGACUUCAAGAAGAACCUGGACAAAACCUGCAGCAGCAUUAAUGUGCAUUCUUCUUCAUGAAGCUUCUGCAGACAAUAAUUGCUGGCUGCUUUUCCUUUUGGUCAGCUGAAUUGAUCAGUGCAGGUGAUCAAUAUCAGCCCUUCUCUCCCACGGGGGCUCUGGGCUUUCCUCUUUCCAUGAGAAUCCACCUCCAGCUGCAGAGGUGCACUGCUCUUCUUCAUGGCUCAUUUUAAUUGCCUCCUAAACAAGGAGUACUGGGGCUGAUGAAGUAAUGUUCUGAUUUGUGCUCUGGUGGUAAAUGAUGUUAAAUUGUACUUUAUUGAAGAUUUUAGAGUAAUUUUAGCUAAUGAUGAGCACAGCACUCCAAAAAUUUGAAGGGAACUGCUAGACUGAAGCCAUAAAAUCUUCAUUUUGGAGAAGCACUUCUCUUCUAGAAAGAGUUUCAAAGUCUCUCGACUCCUCUUCCUUUGAAGGAAAAAUCUCCAGUAAAGCAGAAGUAGUAUAAUUCAGGGAUUAAAUCUCUUCCAUUCCAAUAUACUUUGUCACAAAGAAGAAUGAAUAGACUGUCCAAGAUGCUUUCUGUUAUUCUCAUGUGAAGAAUAAGAAAUUACACAACACAGACAAACACGCUGAUGAACUUUUUUAAUUCUAAUUAAGACCAUAAAUUCUACAAUGUGCAUCUCAGUCCAAGAGCGUAUGAGUGCUUGUUCAAAUAAAAUACAAUUUUAAAAAAGAGGAAAGUUUGCUGCUAGCCAAAUCGGUGCCAGAUCUCAGUGAAGACCAGCUGUUGUAGCCUCACCCAGAGGUGCUGUGCAUGUCUUGGGGCAGGGCUGCCUCAGCACCCCCUCAAGUGUUAAUGAAGUGACUUCAUUAGGGAUCAAUGUGCUCUGCUCAUCCUGCAGCCUGUGAAAUGUUGUCCACCAGAGUAUUUUCAUUAUUAACUGUGUUUGCCUCCUCCUGACAGUCCAGAUUUCCUCUGGAAACAUCUCCUGGACUCCUCUGGAGGCAUUUCUGUCAGGGUGAGCCCAUGCAGGCAAUUAUCACAUCCCACAAGUGCAUUGGUGCCUGUUAUUGCCACCAGCUGUUUCACACCCCAAAACCUCUCUGCACAGGCAGCACUGGCUUAUUUUCAACUUUGGGACUGAUUUUCCUGUAAAUAUAGGUGGGGUAUAGGAGAUAUAUAGGAAUAUAGAAAAUGGUAAUAAAUAAAGUCAAUUGAAAUAUGAAGAGCUGCUGGAAAAUCCUGUGGGUUUAGCACAGCCUCUCUUCAAUGCCAGCAGUUGCUAAGUCACAGAGGAAAUUAAGCACCACAAAUUUUAAGAACAGAACAUCAAUUUUAUGCUCCUAUUUGGAAAUCUCAUAUGGAAAACUGUUUGUGAACAACUUCUCAGCUGAAAUUUUCACCAUGGCUCAGGGUUUCUUCCUUUGUGAACCAUGAAAUAAUUUUGCCAGAAUGAGUGUUUCAAGAUUUGCAUCCAUGUUGCUACUGAGUUUGGGUUGACACUAAUUUAUAAAACAGGCAGAUUUGAGAGCCUUUAAAAUUAAUAUUAACCUAGCUGUUACUGGCCUGGGCUCUCUUUCUAUUUGAAUAUUGUCCUGGUGUUUGCACUUUAAUGAACAUCUCUGCAAAGUGCUGGUGUUUCCUUUCCCUCAGCCUAGUUCAGGUUCUCCUGAAGUUUCCUUUUUCCAGCACUUUUUUGGAGCACAUUAGAACCUGGCUUCCAGCUGAAAUCUGCCAUGCAGUAUAGUUGUUUUUAUGGAAUUGGCUGGAGUCCUGGAGAAACCACCUAAUAUCUUAGGAGUGAUAAAAAUUAAUGACCAAUUCUGUAGUUAAAACCCAGCUUUGAUUCCAAGAUGAGCCACUGUGCUUGAGACGAUAAGGAUUGGUUCUCUCUUAUCUCUUCAGUGAUAAUUUUUCCUUAGCAGUGACUUCUCUUAGUUAAUUUAAGGUCAAAAUAGUUGGAAAGUUAAAUCUUGUAAAUUGUAAAUUAAAGUUGUGCCUGACCUCAUGAAGAGACAUCAAAAAAGUCUGCGUUGUUAUACAUGUAAUAAAAAAUUAGCCAAGAGAAAAGUGUCUCACUUUUAAGCUUGAAGAUAAUAACAUUUUAAAAAAAAGUUUUAGGAUGAGUUUCUGUUUUCUUGGUAUGUUAACCUUUAAAAACUCCACUCUAGCUAUUAAAUGUGCUUUAAAUUAGUGCUGAGCUAUUGCAUUUUGUAGUGUUGAGUCUGGGACACCAAAGCUUUUCCUACAUGUGAUAUUUCACAAAGCAAAAGCUGCUUGUGAGUUACUGAGUUUGUUGUUAUUUUCAUAUACAGGAAAACUUUUUGUUAUCCUACAGGUGUGGUGAUGAUUUUUAGUCAUUUAAUUGUUACACAGCAACCUUAAAAUAAUGCCAUUUUACUGAAUAAAUAGGAGUUGUUUUGGUAAAUAGAAAAUGCUAGACCUGCCAAUCUUAUAAAGAACUUUUUAAAAGUUAGGCUGAGCUGCAAGCCCUGGUAGGAAGGAAAUUCAUGGCUAAAGUGUGAUUAGGAUCAGCUCCCAGAGCUGAUUUGUGAUUUGAAGUCUGUGUGUAGCAGUUCUGCUGCCAUCUCUGUGCAGGAAGGUCUAUGUGCAGAUGUUGUCUGGUUACUGCAGUGUAAAAUAUUGCAAAAUGGCCAUUUAAUGGUACAGGACUGGCUGAGACAAGAGGUGAAUUGACUCUGUUCCAGUUAAAACACAAAAGUAAACAGAAUAAAACUGGUCUAGUUAGAAUGACCUUAAAGCUGUGAGAUUAUGGAAAUUAAUUUGGAGAAAAACUCUACAUGUGCAAGUACAUCAGUACUUUGUCAUCUGAAAAUAAGAGUUCUGUUGAAGUAUUUGUUAUAUACAAAAUAAACUGUAAUUGUAACGUACUGACUCAAGCCCACCAGGCAAUGAAUUUAAUCCCCUGCAAGUCGAGUGUGAAAUCCAAUAGGUUUGUCAACAAAUACAAGAAAUCCAUGGCUAGGAAAUAGAUACAAACUGUGAUUUAGGUGGAGAUAACUGCUUAGAGGCUUAUUUAUUUUUUGGGAACUAAAGAAAGUCAGUCAUAGAAAUAGAGAAGGGGAGGCACAAGUAAACCUGUAAAGAAUUAAGUAACCACUUUCCAGUCUCUCAAGGGGAUAGGGGUUAAGAGAUACAGCUUUAAAAGUCUUUAUGUUGUUGAAAAGUUUAUUUGUCUAAUGUCUACUGAGACAGCGUGCCAACAACAGCAAACCCAGUGCAAGUCAGAAAGAGAAAACUCCUACUGCAAGAGAAUAUGAAGGCAUAACAAAGCUGUUUAGAAAUAUUGCAGUGCAGCAGCUGGUUUUGCUAAUGCUUCUUGGUUAUUUAAAAAAAAAAAUCAUCUAAAUCCUAACUCCCUUUGUCUUCUCACUCUGAGGAGCUGCAGUGUGUGAAGCUUGCUGGCCCAUGACUCAUUGUCCCCACUCAUGCUAUUUCUUUGAAUAGCCCUUGUGAAAACAUGCAUUUUGGGUUAGUUGUCUUAGCUGGCAAUCCAGGAGGGUUUUUUUUUCUCCCUGGGUGAGUGAUUUAUGUGUGCUAAUCUCUGGAUCUGCCUUUGCCACACAUGGUGCCUAUGAAAACACUGCUGGUGCUGUACCUGGGAUUGCUGUGCUCACCUUUCUGCAAGAGUAACUCAGGCACUAAAACUCCUUUCAUCUCUUCCUCCACAGGCAAUAGUUUCAUAUCCAAGAAAUUCUGAUACCUUGGGCUUCUUUUCAGGGACAGGCAGUCAUGAAACUGAGGCUGGAUUUCAUUUCUUACUAGAUCUGAAAAGGGUAACAAGCAAAGAAGAUGAAAAUGCAAAAUAAGAUAUUAUUUCCAGCCCCUAAAAGAAACUUAUUUGCAUUUGGUACUUCUGCUUUCUGGAUUUAAUCUAUAUUUUAGUGUUUGGAUCAAAUUGUUGAAUGCAUUUAAUAUGCAAUUUUAUAUGGUUUAAUUUGUAGAUCUGUGCCUGCAGAUUAUGUUUGGAUUGCUCAACAAAGUAAAAUCUUGAUUAUAGCCAAACACGUUGAUAAAGUUCAAGGAGCAGACUGUGACUUUUCUUUUUGUACAGUGGAAAUGAGUGAUGCUUAUGGGAGACUUGGGAAAAGGAAGUAAUGCUGUUAAAUAUCAUUUCAGUGAAGUUGAGGCAUGAAGGUCACAAAGUUUUCUGCUAAGUGAGGUUAAAUUCAAGCAAAGUUGGUCAGUGGUAACAUCCCUUUAGGUAACAGCUGCUGGAGGAUGCUGCAGUUUUCAGGACAAUACUAGAGAAAAGUCAGUGUAUUUGGAAAAUCGCUAGGAUUUAGGUUCUUCUUAUUUCUUAUCUUACUCUUUCUUAUGAAAUAGAAGAAUGUAGCUUUCAUUAAGAAGUUUCUAAAUUGAAGAAUAAAUGUUUUGAUGAUUGUGUCCUCUGCAUUCGAAAGCAAAUGAUAUUCCCAGUUCUAGCACAAAGUCUGAAAUCCUUCCUUCUGGUGAGAUUUUAUUUCUCAUUCUUCAGUUUAAAAGCCAAGAAAAAGAGCUCGUGGCAGAGAAAACUGCCUAUAGAAUAGACUUGCUGUUUGGGAUUGUUAUUUUAAUGUGAAGGGAUGAGGUAAUAGAGCACAGCAAUAACCAGCAAGCUGCAAUCUUUGACUCCAGCAUCAACAGCUCCACAGGCCUGAUCUUUAUUGGACUUUUUUUUUAAUUUGGGAGGAAGGGAGGGCUCUGGUUAGCAUAUCUGUUUCAGGAAGAGUAUCAAGAGUUCUCUAAUUUCAUAUUUAAAUCUGGGAACUGAUUAAUACUUGAGGCAUGCAGAGAGCUAUAAUAUGAAGGCUGUUGUUACUAUAGUGAGAUGCUAUUACAGACAUCACAAGACUUUUUAUACAAGGAAACAUGAUUACUUUGGAUUAAAGGAGUUGCCAAAGGCUUGAAGGAUUUAUUGGUGCUGCUGCUUGGAGUUAUAUAUAACUUCAUUAUUUUGUUGAAAACAUUGAGAUCUAGAAUUAAUGAAGCACAGUAAAUGCUGCUGAAAUGCAUCAGCAGGUUUGACAGCUUUGAACUGACACUGAGCCACUGAUGAAUUUUAUGGGAGCAUUCUUUAGGCCUCCAGAUCACUGGAUAAUGUACAGAAAGGAAUAAACCCAGCUUUUGCACAGAGAAAUGAAGCUUAAUGAGUGCAGUGAGGUGCAGCAGAGUUGAUGUGAUCAAGAUCAUAUUUCUGAAAUGACUUGUAACUCCUGAGCUUGUGGGAGAGGAAAUGGCCUGAGCUGCUGGAGAUGGUCUGGAUCUCUGGGAUCAAACAUUCUGGGAGCAGUGGGGAUCUGCAGAGUGGGAGCAAGGCUGAGAGAACCCAAGGGUCAUGUGGGUCUGGGCAAAGCAAGAGGAAAUGGGGAAUCAUGGCUUUAGAAACAAAGGGCUGGAAUUGGCUUUUUUUCCUGCAAGACUUGGUCAUGGGUGGUGUCAUUUCUAGAGGGGAAAUGCAGAUGUGAAAGAGCUCUGCAGUGUGCUGGGCUGCUGCAAGGGCUCUUUUCUGUGUGACCUAGGAGUUCAGUGCAUCUCACAUCCACUGCAUCAUUUCAUUAAUCUCAGCUGGAUAAAACUGGCAGCAUUUUGACAUUGCUUCCCUAACCCAGCUCAGAGAGUGCUGGGAGAUCCAGAAAUGCUUUCUAGACAGCUGCAUUCCUUCCUUUCUGUGCAGUCUGCAGUACUGCAGAGAUGUUUCAAAAGGAUUAUUGCUUUAACAGAUGAUUAAUUGCAAAUUAUUUAUUGCUUUCUUAAAAUUGGCUCAGCAGUCAUCAUUUGCUUUUGAUACCACGCUGCAGAAUUAGUGCUGUGGGAAUUCAUGUGAGUCUGAAUGAGGAAUGAGCCGUAAUCAAUGAUGAAAGGUUUUUCAGUUUUGAAAUAAGUCUUACAACAUUAAUCCCUUACAAGCAAUACUAUAAAGAGAAAAUAUGUAAUGGCAGAAGUUGUUCUUCAGCUGCCUUUGACUCUCCCCUCUGUAAUGUGACUCAGGAAUUUAGUUAUGUAAAAAUAUGACUAAGUCCCUUUUGCUUUGAGGUGCAGCCCUGGGUGAAAUGCAGUAUGAGAUUGGAUUUCAGUAAAUUGGAUAACUUCUUUCCCAGUCUUUUUAACUUUGAAUUUGGGACAAAACUACAUCAAAAGCUGGAACAGCUUCCUCAUCUAACUGUUCCAUGGCCGAGUGGGUUUUUUUUUUUUCUCUUCAGAUAGUGUCUGAUUACUAAAUUAAGCUCUCAGCAUCAAUAAAUCAUUUCCCUGCAGAGUAAAACCUAUAAAUUUUCAUACCUGUUGUCUUCUGUACUUUUUGAAAUAUCUCUCUGGGGGCUGUGGAGCAGCUCCCAGGGCAGGUUCAGCAGACAGAGAGCACAAAGGAAUCCAGGUGCAUGUUGUGCUUUGCUGGCGUGACAGGCUGGACACAUUCCAGAGGAUUUGCAGGAACUGGGUGAGCUCUGGGAGCACGUUGGGGUUAUGGGGUUUACAGAGAAGCCAAAUGAAAAACCAAGUGAGGUUUUUCAGGAGUCCCAUACACUGUUUGGUGUGAGCCAUGUGGGACUCACCAGGCCACUCCUAUUCCCAGGAAACAGCUGGGGAAGCACAAAGAAUCAUUGCUGGUCCUGCAGGGGUUGUUCCUGGUCCUGUAGGGAUCAUUCCUGGUCCUGCAAAGAUAAUUCCUGGUCCUGCAGGAGCAAACCUCAGAGCCCAGCCCAGCCCAGCCUGGUGCUGGGAUGUUUCUCAGCAUUUGGAGGUAAAUCAGAGUCUGCAGAGCCAGCUGUGUGGAAAGGCUGUCCUGGGCUGAAGUGUUGGCUUGCAGACCCCAUUGGCCAAAUGGCACUGGAAUAUUUUAAUUUAGGAUUUCUCAUUUCAUGCUAUCAGAGGCAUCACAGAAUCAAAAUCUUCUAAAGCAAAAAUCUGUUUGUUAUGGAUGUCAAAGAGUUGGAGGGCAGAAGAAAAGAAUGGAAAUAAUCUCUUGCCCAGAUUAUAAAUUAGUGGCAAUUAGAAAAAAUCUGUUAGUCCACAAAACCCAACAGCUGGGAUUUCUCCAGCCCUGCAAGCCCUCAGCUCAUUUUUCUCUCUGUAUCCCACCCAAAGGUAUUUUUAAAGCUGAAUGAAGACAGUUCUCAUUCUUUAUUGUGCUUAUAUUGACAUAGUCACAGAUGUUACUGCUAUGCAAACCACUGGUAUUAUUUUUGCUCUUAAGUACUUUCCUGGUUUCCCUUUUGCUGUGACAAUUUUGUCACUGUUGCUGGGAGCUGGAGCUAUUUCAUUCAUGGGCCACAAAUGUUUUCUGUUAAGCAUUCAAAACCUCCCAUCCUCCUAUUGUACUCUCCCAGUUUACUAUGAAGUGCUCCAGCCCCAUCCAACAGAGUUUGGUUUAAACCUUCUUCCCUUCCUGUUAUUUUUAACAUUUUCUCAGUUUUGCUUUAGGUCUCCAAAAUGUAUCAGUGCUGUGAAUUUAGUGAUGAAAUUUUCCUGUCUCAUUCACUCACUCCAAUCCCAUUUCUUGCCUGCUUUGGAUUUCCCUGCAUCCCAACACUUCUGCUCCCAUGUUCUCUGUGCUCCAUAAUUUCUGUUUGGUUCACACCUGCUUGCAUUGGCUUUGAAUGUCUCCUUUGCAUCCUCUGGAUGUUGGAUUUUAAACAGAAAUGUUCAUCUUGUCAUCUUCCAGAUUUGCAGACUUACUCCAAGUUAUUUCAUGGUAAACUCUCGGAAUCAACACUUGCAGUUUCCUGUUAUUUCUGUAUUCUUUUGUUCUAAUGGUAUUUGUAAGCUGAUUUAGGAAUGCUUCUCAAAUUCUAUAAAUUUCAAUAAUGGACUUGGGUUUUUAGCAGAGUGUUAUAAAAAAUGCUGCUCAUUACUGCCCCUUCCUUGCACUUUUCCUGAGCCUUGUCAUGUUAAAAAAAAACCCUCAUAAUUUUUCUUCAGUCUUUCUGCUCUUUCACAAUAAUCUGGUUGAGUAAUGCAGCAUUUAUUCAAUUUAUGCUUGCAAACACUUCCAUUUUAAACAGCUACUGGACAAAUGAAUUACAUCAGUAAUACUGUAGUGUUGUUCACUGAUUUAUACUUAAUUUUUAUACUUUUGUUUGUUUGUUUGCAUUUAAAUAUUUAAAUUUAUUUUGUACAAAGGCUGGAUUGAAGGUUAGGCUCAGGUCCUGUGUUUUAUUCUGUUUGUUCCUUUAGUGAGGUGACUGCCUUGUCCAGCAUUUAUUCUAUUCUCCCCAUAAAGUCAGUUUAAUAUUCUGGUUGAUUUUCCAUUCUUCUUGUACAAACAUGCACCUUCUGAUAUUUGCAUCCCUGUUGAGCAAUUAGAAAUUGUCAGUACCUGUUUUUCCUGCCUGUUGAGUAUCAGGUGUAAUUUAGCAGGCAUUUUUGGGACAUAUUCCUUCAGCCCAUUGCCCCUUGUCAGCAGCCUCCCUCAGCCCUGUGUGCCUGGGGAAUUAUUCCAAUCCACAGCUCUUGCCAAGGCCUGUUACCUCCACAUUGACAAUUAAACAUCAAAAGUUACACUUAAGCCCUAACAUUUAUAUUUAAAAAAUGCUUUUUUAAAUCUUGUUUUUCCUCUAUCUUCUUCAUGCCUGUACCUAAUGUAAUUUCUUGGACAUUCAAGGCUGUCCACAGGAUACUGAUGGCCUCAGAUACUUUUUUUUUUUUUAAUGCUGUAUUUCCAUUGCUAAAAUGAGAUGUGUGCCCCCAUUCAGACAAGACUGAGUCCAUCUGUUUCUGCCCCUAUUUUUUCUGUCAGGAUUUUUCAUUUUUUCUUCUGAACUUUUCACUAGAGGCUUUGCUGUUAUUUCACCCCAAUUCCACGGGAAGAGUGGAGCACACAGCAAAGCUGGGCUGAAUCUCUUGUAUUCCAGUUUUUGUAGCAAAACUGCUGCGGGCCCUUGGGUUUUGUGUGUUUUUAUUACAAACCAGAGCAUGCUGAGAUCACCAACAGUUCCCAAAUUUGUUUUCACCCCCCUGACACAAACAAAAAGGAGAAGGAGCCCCUUCUAUUCCCAUUUUUUUGUCCAGCUCAGGUCUCUCCAUAGCUUUAUAUUGAGCAGCAAAGGCAGGGAAGUGAAAAUCAUAGAGUUUGUCAUCCUUGUUCUCACCAUCAACUCCAGCAUAUUGAAAGUCUCAUUUUUAUCCCUGGCAACUGAGUAACUCUUCACAGAGAAAUACUGGAAGUUCUUGGAAUUACAAACAUAUCAGGCCAUGAGCCAAGCUUUCCCUGGCUAGGCAGUGGCAAAAGCUGCCAGUGGAUCUGAGUUUUAUGUGGGUUUUUUUUUUUCUACUCUUCUCUCUGAGAUCAUCAAAACUUAUUGCAGCAAGGAUUCGAUAUUGGAUUUGAAUCGUUGUUCUGGAGUUUAAAUGGGAAUUCUCACUUAUGGAGCAGCCAUCAGAUCCUAGUUGAAGUUGUUCAUCUGGAAAUUUUAAAUUAAGUUUUAUCCCAGUACAUUAGUAAUUUUAGCAGAAUGUUCUAAUCCAAAAUGAAAAUCAGAUGUUCUUCAUGGAAAUAGGGAAGUCCAGACAAUGGGUAUUGUGUUUAGGUUGCAAGACUUGUGGUCUUCCUUUCUUUUAAUUUUAUUUUUGUUGUUUACAUUGCAGACAAGUCUUUGUUCAUUCUAAGGAAUAAGGCUAUUAGUUUAAAUGCACUAUUUUUUUAACAUUUGUAUCCAAAAAUAUUUCUCUUGAGCUGUAUAAAAAAUUGGAUUUUCUGGAAAUUCAUUGCCCUCAUGAAUGGACUCCUGGUGAGAGAGGAAUUUUUAUGACUCCCUUAAAAAAACAAUUGCAGGCAUUCCACAAAUAAACAAUACAUGGAUUUGGGGGUGCAUUUUAAUGGCUAUUUUAUAAUUAUUUGUUCUCCAGUGUUUAUUUCCGUAUGGUAUGUUGCAAUUUUUAACUGAGUUAUCCUAAGAAUUCCCUUGUACAGCAGAGAGCAGAGCUUUGGAGCAGGAGCCAGUUCCCAAGUGCAGACCCAGUCCCGCCUCUGGUACUUCACUGAUUUCCAUGAGUCCUGCAGGAGGAGCUGGGAUAGUUCAGGCCAGCUGCUUUCAACUUCUUUUUGCAUCUUGUUUUGGCAGUUCUGAUCUCUUUCCCUCAACUAGAUCUUCCUCCCGUGUCUCUCGUUAAUAAAUUUCACGUGUGAUUUUUCUUUUGUUUGAUUUUUCUCCUUUCAGGGCUGUUCUUGCUGAAUAGUUGCCCACAGCCCCAGCUCCACUGGAUUUGCCUUUUUCCUGUGUGUAAACGCUUGUGAGUGGCAGUUCUGAUUUUCCUGGCACAGGAACCAGUGCCCGGUUCGUGUCCACAGCAGCACAAACCCUGACAUUGCACAAGAGGCUCGUUGGAAAAAUUGGGAUAAGGGGAACUGAACAAUCCUGGGUUGCUCCUUGUCCCACAGGGAGCAGCAGUUCCAUCCCUGUUGCUUUUGGACAGGAUUUACUUUUCACUGCUCCAUCUGCAGAUAAUCCAGGAGGUGCUGGUGCCACCAGCAGCACAGUUUGUGAUUCAGCUCAUGCUCAGUUGCUGCAGGAUUUUUUCUGAUUUUGAGUCAUGUCAAUAAUAUGUUGUUCACUCUGAGAGAGCUCAGAGUGAAAAUGAUAAUAUUUAGAAAAUGAAAUUUGUUGUACAGCCAGGAUGAACCAGGGGUUUCAGAUGUUUGGGUCUUACUUCCUUUUUGUCAACCCUCUGUGCGUGUCACAUUCUCAACAAAUUUCCUCAACUUCUGUAAUCUAUGAGGUAGAAAAGUUGCUGGUUUUUACAGAAAAAAGCAGAUUAAGUGGCAGUUCUUGUGCUUGCAGCAGCCCUUGGUGUGUGUUUGGGAGCAGAGAGAACUGAAGUGUGUGCACAUAAAUAAUAGAAAAUAUAAAUAUGGACAGCAGUGCCAUCAGUGAUCAAAUCUUAUCACUCCUUCCUCAUGGAGGCAGCCUGGCAGCCUUGCAAAGCUUGCUGCUGUCAGAAAAUCAUGAAACAGAAAAAAAUACAAAUCAAAGAUGCUGAGAUCUCCUUUCAGCACUGCAGGAGCAGAAAGUGGCUGUGUCAGAAAGCAGAACACUUCUCACUUCUCCAGAGCAUCGGCGAGCAGAGCUGCCAGGGCUGCUCCGGGAGGGAGCAGGAUGCUGGGGAGCAACAAAGUUCCCUGGGACUCAACAGAGUCCCUUAUUUUUCUGUCUGAAUCAGCAUUUCUGACUGUGACAGAGUGAUUUAUGAGUUCAGCAAACUGAUUGAUUUAUGGCCUCAGCAAACUGAUCAAAAAAAUGGAUGUAAACAUCAGAGCAAGGAGAAGUAGGUGUCCAAAAUGGGCUUGUCUUGGGUGUUUUUGUGCACGAUCAAACUUGGCAGGACUCUCUGAUUUUUAAUUUAUUGAUUAAUUUCACAGAGGUUUUAUUUCAUCAACAUAAAAACUCUUUGCAAAAGAAAAAUGUUUUUCUUGUAGGGGAGCUGAGCAAUCAGCUUCUUUGUGUACCUCUCCAUGCUGGGGUUUCUACAAAACCCCCAGCAGCAGAAAGAGGCAUUGAAAAGCAGAGCCUCUUGCUGCUUUAUUGCUCUGCUAAAAGUUUGGUAUUUGUACUUUUUAAGAGCAAUUGGAGAGAUUCAGUUUUAGUCAGCUGUAUCUUAAAGCUGCAAAUCUGAAAUAACUUGUCAUUUAUUUUGCGAAUUCCUUGAAAAUUUUAUUAUUCAACUGUCCCAGCAGUUCUGCCUGAAGAGAUUUCUUGCUGUUUUCUUUUAUGAUAGAAAAUCUAGUGGGUAAAGUGAAUUAUCACAGAGAAAGCAGUGCUGAUCACUUCCAAGAGAAUUAAAGCAGAGGGGAGCAAACUUGGGUGAAACUUGGGUGUUAUUUAUUAAUUAACAACAAAAUACUGAAACUAAAGAUCUUUUCAAAUUUCAGUUCCAGCUACUUCAGUUUUACUCAGCUGUAUCUUAAAGCUGAAAAUCUGAAUUUGUCAUUUAUUUUGUGAACACCUAAUUUUAUUUUUUAACUUUUAACUCUAAUUACAUUUAACUUUAAUUUUAAUUAAAUUAAUUCAUUUAAUUAAACUUCUAACUUUAAUUUUUUGUUAUUAUUAUUAUUAUUUAACUGUCCCAACAGUUCUGCCUGCAGAGGUUUCUUGCUGCUUUCUUUUAUGAUAGAAAAGCUAGUGGGUAAAGUGAAUUACCACAGAGAAAGCAACAUCUUCACAUUGUAUUUCCCUCUGAGUUCUUCCCAAUACAAAACGAACGGGCAGCCUCUGUUUGAAAUAAUUAGUCGUGGUUUACUGGGGGAAUUUUGGGACUUUCAUGUUGCACUAGCUUUUGAUGAAAAUUUCCCUGCACUGCCUUAUUUAAUUCUGGCCAUCUGGAUUAAAAGGCUCUCUUAAUCUUAAAUACAGAUUGUAACUCUUUCUUUUGGAGUGUGCUGCCAUAAAAUUCAGGCAGCUUUCCAGCUUUCUUCAUUAAAGCUUUCUUUAUUAUGGUUUGUCGGCCAUUAAAUGAUUGUUAUGCACAAUGGGCACUUGAUUAUAAUUUGCUGGAGCUGGGAAUCAGUUGCAGCAGUAAUUCAGUUCUGUAAUUAAAAGCAAGCAUGUUUAUACCUGCUAGCAUCUCCUGUGAGCUGCUGAGGGUGAGGAGAAAACAGACUUGAAAGGCAACAAUUUCUGCUAAUAAGAUGUUGAAGGGCUCUAAAUCUGCCAGUGUUUUGUGCUGUGCUGUGGAAUUGGGAUUUUUUUCCCAUAAUAACUGGGUUUUGAACCAAAAUCUGUACUUUGUGACAGGGAUAAAAGGGCAGUUUGAUUUGUCAUAAAUCUCCUCAGAUCUUUGAUUUUUUUUUUGUUUUGUUUGAGGUUAGAAAGAAAUGUGAAUUUCUUGCAGAAAAAGAGCAAUUGGGGGAUCCUCAAAUCCUUUCUGAUUUUUGUUCUGCUCUUGUGGGUUUUUUAUCAGGGAGCUCAAUCUCACUUAAGUGUUUUUUCACCUGUAAAGUUUUAAAAAAAUGUGAGAAAAUUGCUCGCCGUAAAAGUAUUUUAAAAGGGAGUUUUUCAAGGGUGUUUGUGCCAUUUACUUUUAUAUUUUGGCUGUUGGGAAGUUGAAAGAAAUAAAUGUAAGUUUGUCCAAGCUGCACAUUGAACUCUUACGGGCAAGUGUGGCAUAGCUGAUGGUGUCAUUUAAUCUGAUUUUAGCAGUAUUUUAUGGAUAAACUAACAUAGAUACAUGAUCAUUUAAUCAAUAUUAUAAAAUAUUUCUUUAUAAAAUUGAAGUUAUGUAGCAGCUUUGUAUUUUUUUUUUCCUGAGCUUGUGUCUCCUAAAAUUCCAUCUUUGAGAUACCUUCUAGUAAAUCUGCACCUGGAAAACUUUCCUGCUAGCUGAAUUUGUGCACAUUUGGUGAGAUGAAGCUGCUAAAUGAAAUAAUUUCAUUUUCAAUUUUACAAGCAUCUGUUUGGCUGGAAAUAAUUUUCUGUCCCAGCUGUGAACUCGAGAGAUGCAAACGUUGUGAAUGUUGUGUGUGCAACAAAUUCCUGCCUGCACUUCAGUGUUGGUCUGCAAGAACUGUGCAUACAGGAGGUCAAAAAUUUGCUUUUUAACAUCUCUCAAAUUGAUCUCAAAUUGGAGCUCUCAAAUUAGCAAUCAAAACAUUUGUAAUGGGCUAAAAUAGAGAAUAAUGUGGGUUUGCAAGGUAGUGCAAAAAUCAAGGAAAGCUGCAGAAUUUAAGUGCUCUCUCCCACAAUUCUAAUCAGAAUUCUAACAACAACAAUUCUAAUCAAUAACACCAGUUCUAAUCAGAAUUGUUGAUGAUUUAAUCAAGUGUUUUCAGUCUUGUUAAACAAGUGAGGAACGCAGACUGGAAUAAAACCAGUUUAUAAUUCUGCCUUUCCUCAGGAGGGGACAUUCUGAUGGACACACAGUUGAGAUGUUCAGGUCUUCUGAGGAAAAUCUUAAUAACUUGGAAAUUCAAAGUUACAUGGAAAAUCCUUUCUUUUGCUUUUUAUGAGGGUUUUUUUGGUUUUUUUUUUUUUUUGUUGUUUUUUUUGAUACCUUUGCUGAUUUUGGAAAAAGUAGAAGGCUUUUCUUGUGAAUCUAAUUUCUCCAUGGCAAGCCCUUGCAGUGCCUUUGCCAAGAGUUUAUUUCACAUGUGUUCAGUCCAGUUUUCUUUUCACAUAUGUGAAAUAACAUCUUGGCAAGUGGUAAACAAAAUAUAUACAGCAAAGAGAGAGAGAGAGAGACCUGUGGUUUUUAUUGAAGUGAAAAGAUAUAUUUUAUGAAAUAAUCCUUUCAUUGAAGUGAGUAAUUAAAGCUAGAAUAAAUAAGAUCUUAUGAGAGAUUGCAUGGUAAUUAUGUAACUUUUAAGAAAAAAGAGUUGAUGGUAAUGAAGUCUUUUCACUUGACUGGGUUUUUCUUGGAAAAGGGCAGGAUCAUGUGAUGAUGUAGCACAGUGUGUGAGAGCAGUUUGCUGCUGCAAAUCCAAACAUCCCAAAGUGAUUUCCAGAGCCCAGAUGUUUAUCAGUUUCUCUUCUGGAAGGGAGCAGCAAGGUUUUUAUUCCAGGUUUUCAGUGCAUAACUCCUCCUUUGUCCAGGGAGACUGGGCACUUGUGCUGGGCUACAGAGAAUUUAUGGAUGAGGAGAGAAAAUUACUCCUGUGAGAGAAAUUUUCCCUUCUCCCUGAGAAUUGUGAGAAAAAUUAGCCCAAGCAAUCCCUGGGUCAGGAAAAAAUAACAAAUAAAUAAAUAAA